GUCCAACAUGGCUGCCUCUCUGUUCCAUGUGCUUCCGUCCUUAUUCCAUCCGCUCUGAUCGAUUGCCGGCAGAAAUGAGUGGAAUGUCUUUUGAAGACUGUUUUCAAUGGAGGUCUCUGACACCACGUAGGAUCCCUCCGCAAAACAUCGUUAUCCGGCUUGCAAAUCGGGAAGUUCUCGGCGCCAGCACGAAAAUCAACCCUUAUUCCAUGUCCCGGAAGUUCUAUCAAAACAUUGUCCCCAAUUUCACAGUCAUGACUGUGGAGAAACCCCCAUGUUUCCUCAGGAAGUUCUCUCCCGAUGGGAAACUUUUGAUUGCUUUUUCUUGCGAUCAGAACUGCGUGGAAAUUUAUGAGUAUCGAGGUGCCGCUGCUGCCUGUGAUUUGUUAAAGGAUACUGAUGGGGAUUUCCUAGGAAUCCCCGUUCGUGGGGAUGAAAGAGGCAGUCAGUACGUGCAGGAAGUACGAAGAAGAAUCUUUCGCUGUUUUUUUCGCCUCCAACACACUGUGCAAGUUGUCUCUGGUGUGGAACAGCUGAAUCGAGAAUGCAGUCUUUUUACUAGUGAUGGAGACUUUGUGAUCGUGGGCUCAGCUGCUCCAGUAGUCUCACUUGAUGAGGUGCAAAUCCCACAUUUCUUUGAUUUAUAUCAGAACAAUGAAUCCCUCACUUUCAAUGUGCGAGCUCCACUUGAGAACUACACUCUACAUGUUGUCCACCUUCGUGAAGGCACUGUUGUUGAUAAAUGCCAGUUCCGGAUUGAUAAAAUUGCCCUCUCACAUAAUCAAGGGCUGUACCUGUACAAAAAUACUCUUGCAGUUCUUUCACUUCAGCAUCAACUCAUCCAUAUCUUCCGUCUCAUGAGAGAUGGUUCCCUGGUGCCAAUGCAGACAAUAGGAAGGUUCUGCUAUGAUGAUGAUCAUCUCCAAGUGGACCAACGCUUUACUCAUUCCCCACAUCAAGCAUUUCGGGAAGCAACUAUCAAUUCUUUGAAACAUAGGCUACUUGUCUUUUUAUACAAAAAAGCAGUUGCUGCUUCUUUGGUCAAGCGAUCUACUCUUCCCCUUCGAAGGUUCUUCCAGCAUUUCAACACAUUCCUGCACCUCAAGAUUUGGAAGAUGCAACUUCUUGAUGAAGAGCACCUUCUCAUCAAAUAUGCCAGUGAAGAAGUGGUCACUACAAGGUGUCAAGACCCAAACUCCCAUCCAUCAUUCUUUAUGGUUUAUAAUUUGAAGAAUACAGAGGUCCUUGCCAUCUAUGAGAAUACAUCACAGGAGUUACUUGCUCUCUAUGAACGAUUCUGUGAUCACUUUAGAAAUUCUACCCUCAGUUAUGAAUCUUGCUUCACUUGCUCUCCUGCAAACAAUAUUUUUGCAAGACAAGUCCAAAAUCGAUGCAAGCAAACUUGGACAAAUGCCAAACUUGGAGGCCCAACUGAAGCAACAAAGCGUCUCUUGGCCCAAUUACCCAUCAGUGCACAGUCAUAUUCUGCUACUCCCUAUCUUGAUCGUGGCCUGUUUUCCUAUGAUGACAAAUGGGUUUCGGUCAUGGAGAGACCCAAGGCCUGUGGAGACCAUCCAAUCCGGUUCUACUCUAGGGACUCAGGUCUUCUGCGCUUUCAAAUCUAUGCUGGGAUUCAUGGGGCAUCUCUUGGUCCUGGGAAUUCCAGGCGACUAGUGGCCUUCACCUUUCAUCCAACUGAUCCAUUUGCAAUCAGUGUUCAGCGCAACAACUCUGAAUACAUAGUGAAUUUUCAUUUGCGACAUCUGGGCAAGACAACAAAAGAAUACUCAAAUCUCCCAGAUUCCUACAUCAAGAGAGCCAUGGAGAAGGUAUACUACAAGACACCUAAAGACCAUAGGUUCUUGAGAAGAGAGGACAAGAAGAGGCAUUUCUACUUUGGACUAGAUCGACCUUGGACUGAAGGAUUCCAGCAUGCUAAUCGCUACAAUAAGCGGACUCCCCUUGUUGAGCCCAUCAAAGACUGGUCCUUCUUUAGGGGAGAUCGGGUAGAAGUGCUAAGUGGGAAGGACAAAGGAAAACAGGGGAUUGUGGUGCAGCUGAUAGAAGAGAGGAAUUGGGUGAUUGUGGAGGGACUCAACUGCCGCUAUCGAAAUGUGGGGAAGACUCCCACCUACCCUGGUGCCCUUGUGAAGGAAGAAAUGCCUCUACUGGUUACAUCAGAAGUUGCACUAGUGGAUCCUUCUGACACCCAACCAACAGAGAUCGAGUGGCGGUACACUGAAGAGGGGGUAAGAGUACGAGUGUCAAAGCGAACAGGUAGAAUCAUCCCCAUGCCCAAAAUGGCUGGGGAAACCCAUGAUUACAAGACCAGGACCACAUACAAAGAAAAUGAGAAGAAAGACACUAAAUCCAGAGAGGUCAUGGAAGUAACAUUUGAACCAUGCCUCAAGACCUUUGAAAUGGACAUCAUGGACAAGAUGGGAAUCAAGGAGACUCAUACUCCUUGCAAAACUUAUUGGUAUUGAGGGAUGAGCUUUUUCUAAUGCUGGUGCUUUAAAUAAAUAGUGCA